CCGAGCCGGCCGCCGACGGGCCCGACGCCGACAGCGGUCCUGUGCUGCUCGGACAGGAGGCGCUGCCCGGCCACCGGGCGGCCGUCACCCACGGCCGCUUCAGUCCGUCCGGUCUGCUGCUGGCCACGUGCGACAUGGACGGCGCCGUGCGCGUGUGGGCGCCCGCCCCGCCGCCCAAGCAGGUGUGCACGAUGAAGGCGCGCUCUCCCGUCCUCUCGUGCUGCUGGCUCAGCGCCCAUCUACUGGCCUACGGCACCGCCACCGGCGACGUCAAGAUCUACGACGUGGUGAAGCGGCGCCAGCUAAUGGAGCUGGGCGGCGACGCGCUGCCGGCGCUCAAGGACAAACGGGUGCUGUACCUGACCGGGGCCAGCCCGUCCACUUCCGUGCUGUGCUCGCUGGCGUCGCGCGCCGGCAGCGGGUCACCGCGCUCCGACCUGCUCAUCUACGACCUCAAGGCGUCCAAGGAGGAGUGCACGCUAAGUCUGCCGGCCGGCGUCACGUGCGGCGCCGCCGAGUUCAACCACAACGGCCAGCUGUUGCUGUGCGCCUGCAGCGACGGUCACGUGCGCGUGUACGACGGUCGCAUGGAGGGCUGUAUCAGCGACUGGACGGCGCACACUGGCGCCGCGCUCACUCUGCGCCUCUCGCCCGACCAGACGCACAUCUACACACUGGGCGCCGACAACAAGUUUGUCACGUGGAGCCUGGCCCAGACGGGCAGUCAGCUGGCCGAGUGGCCGCUGCACGAGCGGGCGAGCGGGCCGUUCGUGCUGAGUCGGCCGGUGGCCGGCGGCGAGCCGGUCCAGCAGCGGCCCUACGGACAGCUGUUCGCGCUGGACCACCGGCAGCACCUGCUGACCUGCGGCAGCACCGGCGGGCGCCUCUACAAGCUGAGCGGCGCCGCCCUGGAGCCGGCAGCCAGCCCGGGCGCCGCCGCUCUGGAGCCGGUGCUCAGUCUGGGCGGUCACGUGACCUCGGUGCUGACCUGCGACAUGGCUGACAACAUGUGCGUCACGGCCUCGUUGGACGGUGUGGUGAAGACGUCCAGUCUGCUGCUGCACGGCUGAUCGGCCACUGCAGCCUGUCAGACUGUCAGUUCCAGUCUGCUGCAGCCUGACAGGCGCGGGCUAGUCUGCUGCAGUGUGUCAGUCACCGGCCGCAGUCUGCCGCAGCCUGUCAGACUGUCAGUUCCAGUCUGCUGCAGCCUGACGGGCGCGGACUACAGUCUGCUGCGGUGCGUCAGUCACCAGCCGCAGUCUGCCGCAGCCUGUCAGUCUGUCAUUUGCAGUCAGACUGUCAGUUACAGUCUGCCGCAGUCUGUCAGGCGCCGGCUACAGUCUGGUGUGGUCUGUCAGGCACCAGCUACAGUUUGCUGCAGCCUGUCAGACACCGGCCGCAGUCUGCUACAGCCUGUCAUACACUGGCCACGGUCUGCGACAGACUGUUGGGUGUGAACGGACCCAUUCACUUGGUCCAAUGCAAUCCAAAGCAUUGGCCGCGGUCGGGUGCGAGCAAGGCCUCCAGGAAGUGCUGAACCUGAGCCCGCCACCAGGAAUAACCCCUGUCAGGGCCGGUGGAAGAGCCACUGAACACCCCCACCGCUGUGAAUCGCUUAGCGGGGUGUUGUCCGGACGGUCCGGCGGGGGAGGCCGUCGGCCAGCGGCAGCUGCCGGUCUGGUGCGAUUAUCUCAUUGUCACGCAGUCAGACCCGGGGUACAUCCGGGUGACAUAAGUCGCUCCUACCUGCACAUGAUUUGAGUGUGUCACAUGGUUGAUCACUAUGGCCAGUGGACAGGUACCAUUGCCAGUGUUUGUUGGCCCAUUUGGAGCUAUGCUUUGCUCGUGUGGCGAGUAAGUUUUUCCAGCUCGUGCGGGUUCGUAACCGGACGCUUUCAUGUCAUUCCUGAGUACGCGCUACAUUCCGUCUGCCCAACCAGCGUUGGCCCCACAGCGUGCGGAGAUCCCAAGCCAUGGCCAUUGGCACUAGCGGGGGACGGUGCGGGUCACCUGGAGAGGCGGCUCGUUGGCCUUUUGGUUGUGAGCCUUUGGUUCGGGUGCACAAAUUUUGAAAAGUGAUGGUAAAUAGUCGAGCAUUUACAUGCUGGGCACUGCUUAAAGCUACCAGAUUAAAGAAGUGGAGCAUUUCAGGACAGAUGAAAUCCAGCCGGAAGUCAUUUUCCAGCGCUGGUGCUGCGUGCUGUGCAGAGUCAGGGCCGGGUUGCGGGCUGGGUCCGCGGCGGAGUCCGACGCGUGCUGCGCGCGCUGUUGUCGGAUACAAAGACAGAUCUCCAGAGCGUCCGGCGCGCAGCGCGGCGUUAGGUCCGCCUGAGCCGUGCGAUGCGAUAUUUUUACCUCUGCCCGUGUUUUACGUGCAUAUUUUGCACCUUCGCGCCUCGUGAACCUGGGCAAUUCCAGUGUUAUGAAAGUCACAAUGGACGGACGACAGCGUAGCUUGCAUAGCUCGACUGGCAUGGAUCGAUUGUGGUUGGUAGGUUUGAAAAUAGGGUGAUGUAAAUAAUUCAACCAUGCACUGAAAAUGCUAUGUACUUCAAUUUUGCUGCUGCAGCACAUGAGUACUGAAUAGCACAUAACAGUUAUGGACUUACGACACCCACGCAUGGCAAUGUUCGUCGUUGCACCACCGUUAGAUCAUGCAGCUUUAAAGUGUCCAUUUCCGCACCUCGCGUAUUAUGUGCGUAAAACACUUUGAUAAUACAAU